AUGUCCAUUAUGGACGUCCGAGGCAAUCUUUCUCUCCCUCCAAGCUCGCUAGAGCAGGCAUAUUGUGGCCAAAAUGUCCAAUUGGCUCUACUCAGUUUUUGGCUACGUCACACAGUGCACGUCCUAAGUCACGUCACCGCAGUGCUGGGCAUUGGGUUUAAUGUCAUCAACUUGUGUGUGUUUGCCAGACAAGGCUUCCAGGAUACGAUCAACAUUUCGUUGUCUGGACUUGCGGUAUCGGACAUGGCCACGUCGGCGGUAUUUUUGGCGUAUCAUCCAGCCUCGCUUGUGCUGGAAACUGUAUAUGGAAGAAAACCCACCGAACUAAUACACUUAGGUUCAUGGUUGUCCUAUGGACUCACCAUCAACAGUUCCUGUCUCGCUCUCUUCAUCUGCCUGGAACGAUACCUCUGCGUGGCUUUUCCACUGAAGGUCAAAGACAUGAUAACCCCAAAGGUCACGGUCAAGGCCGUCAUAGCGAUCUUUUUGGUAACUAUAACGACCGUGCUUCCCGCGAUGCUAGCCUUAAGGUUCAGCUGGUAUUUCGAUAAGUACGCUAACCAAACUAUUCUAGCACUCAUUUUCAUGGAACACACCUCGGAUUUGGCCAAUGUGUCUUACGUUCUGUCGACCUCCAUACAAAUACCCGCCCUCAUUUGCUUGUGCGGAGUUACGGCCCUAUUGAUUUGGCUAUUGUCAGGCCACAAAAAGGAACUGCGAGGUUUUCUGGACGCCCACACCUCACAUCAUUCUAUGCGACGACGCAAGCGAACGGCCAAGAUGGUGGUCUUCCUCUCCUCCGUCAUCCUGGUGUGCUUCGUCCCGGCUCAGCUGGCGUCUGUGGCGACAUUGCUGAAUCCAGAUUUUGAUGCCGGCGGGAGACACGACACGGCGUACAAAUUGAGCUGGGCUGUGAUCUUCUUGCUGCACAUGGCAAACUCCAGCGUCAAUCUGUGCUUUUACUACAGCAUGAGCUCUAGAUUUAGGAGCACUUUGACGCUCAUGUUGAAAAGACGAUAA